AUGGAGCCUCUCAAGGAAAUCGGGCAGAGGCGUUCUCUCAAACGUUCUUCUGCGAAGAUUAGUGUACUGGUAGUGGACGAUGAUUCCGCAUGUCUCUCCAUUGUUUCAGUCAUCCUAAAGACAUGGGAGUAUGAAGUGGUAACCGUGAAACACCCGAUUGAUGCGUUGUCUACACUUCGCCAAAGGCAAGCUUCAUUCGACCUUGUGGUAACGGACUACCACAUGCCCGACAUGAAUGGACUUGAAUUGCAAGAGCAAAUCCAAGAAGAAUUCAAGCUACCUGUGAUCAGUGGGUGUCCCAUAAACUUCACAAUGAUGUCAGGAGAAGAAAGGGAGUGCAUAAUGUUGAAGAGUUUAGAGCGUGGUGCUGCAUUCUACAUUUCCAAACCCGUAAGGCCUGAACAUCUCAAGAAUAUAUGGCAAUAUGCAGUUGCGGCCAGGAAAGGCAAAUCAGUGGUCAUUGAAGAGGAGACUAAUUGGGAACCGGAUUCACAGAUAUGCAGUCGUCAUAAGGACAUCAUGCCUCAUGUAAACAGCAAUUCUUCAUCAUCUGUGAACAAGACAAAGGACGUUGAUAGUAAUAAUGAUGAGGAUUCCGAUACUGAGUCACAAGAAAAGAACGAGGACAAUAACCAAAAACCUAGAAAACCGAAAGUUGUUUGGACAACGGCACUUCAGAAUCGGUUCUUGCGAGCGAUAAGCAUUAUCGGAUUCGAGAAUGCUGUGCCGAGGAGAAUUCUCGAUGUCAUGAAUGUACCAGGAAUAACUACAGCGAAUGUGGCCAGCCAUUUACAGAGAAGGAAUGCCGAUGGAGUCCGUGUUGAUCCGUUCUUACUCGUCCCCUCCGCUCGCAGAAGUGGGAGACCUUUGCGGCCUGAGAUCGUUGUCGACCGCCGCGAUGAGGAGGGCAGCGGCGCCGUCGCAGCGGUUGCCAAGUCGCCUUUGCCUCCGUGCUCCUUCUUAGUGUCCCUUUUGCCUUGCUUCCCAAGUUUGGAGGCAAAGCGUGAAGGAAAAUGUCCAAACCAUGCAAAGCACCGGCAAGAGGAGAAAUCGGAGUCGCCUUCUCGCCACAACCCCUUGGGUGGCAUCUCCUAUUUACUAAAACUUCCUAUUCACUAA